CUGAGCUCACGAACUCCAUCCAUUGGGAGAGUUCUCGCCCAAAAAAAGGGAGAAAAUAAACCCACGGGCGCUGCUUAGCAAUCUAGUUAUGGAAACAUAAUAUAGCUAAAUCCGCUUUUGGGCGUCUCUGAUUUGUCAAGCAGCACUUUGCCGAAUCUUGUUUUCCAACAGGAGAGUGCAUUACACUGAAGAUUUCGAUUCGGGACCUUUUCAUUCUACCAUAACGCCAGAAGGAAUUCAUUAGCUAGCUAACGUUAGCUAACUUGCUAUUGCUAGCCAGUGAAGAAUCGGCCAGUAGGUAAACUUCGCAGAGAUCUGGGAAGCUUGUUAGCUAGCUAAUUGUUACCUUGGCUUUACUUUUGGCAUUUUUCCCUCAAAUGGGCGUAGGGCAUCGGCAGAUGGACGCUAUUGCCUUGGUGCUAGGCACUGCAAACACUGUGCAUUUGCUGUUUUGUGGCUUGCACCCCAGCUAACAUAAUUGGUUGUAUCAACUAGCUAGAUAGCCAGCUAAUAGCUCGCUAUUCGGCUUUGUGGAAACAGGCCAUGGACUGAAAGACAUUCAUCAGUGGUCGCAUGCUAGCUUGAUGGCUACCAAUCACAUACUGGAAAACACAAAUUGGAUUCAAGUAUAGAAAAACCCACCUAUUCAAUUUGGACUGUAUGUAUGUGUGCACGUGAAGACCACUAUACAUUAUAAAAAAGUAGACACAUCCUUUUAUAAUGCAUUUGUUUGCUGAGCCCUUUUCCAAACUGGAUAAAGAAACUCAAAGAAAAUAACGGGAUUUUCCACUGAGAAUUGUCAAAAUCAAAAGAAAGAACAUUGCAUUCGACUCUGAACCGAGACAAAAAUACAAUGUCUACUGCAAAAGAAAAUCCAUGUAGGAAAUUCCAAGCGAACAUUUUCAAUAAAAGUAAAUGCCAGAACUGCUUCAAACCCCGGGAAUUGCACCUCUUGACCGACCAAGAUCUGAAUCAGGCCAAACCUAUUUAUGGCGGAUGGCUUUGCUUGGCCCCCGAAGGAACGGACUUUGACAAUCCUAAUCAGAGGUCCCGGAAAUGGCAGCGGAGGUUCUUUGUGCUGUACGAACAUGGGUGUCUUCGCUUUGCUCUGGAUGAGUCGCCCAGCACGCUUCCCCAGGGCACGGUGAACAUGAACCUUUGUUCGGACGUCAUCGAUGCAGAGCCCCGGACGGGCCAGAAGAACGCCCUGUGCAUCAUCACCCCCGAGCAGGAGUACUUCAUCAGGGGAGAAAACAAAGAGAUUAUCAAUGGCUGGACUGAACAGCUGGUGGUGUACCCCCGGACCAACAAGCAGAACCAGAAAAAGAAACGCAAGGUGGAGCCUACCACCUCCCAGGAGCCGGGCCCAGCCAAGGUGGCGGUGACUGGCUCGGGGAUCCCAGAGGCAGAGAAGGUUCCAGACUCAAGCUCCAUCAUCUGGCAGGAGGAGCUGAGCCAGAGGGAGGCGGAGGGGGCGUCCGUGUGGUCCGUGGCCGACCUGCCCGCGCUGGGCUCCCCGCUGGCCCCCGCAGGCGAGGGCUCCUCUGCAGGGCGCGGCUCGGACGCCGGCUCCCUGAACGGCGACGAGGCGGACCGCGGCGGCCCGCCGCUCCACGGCGCCGCCCCGCACCCCCCCCACGGCCUCCUCUCCCCCACGGGCUCCUGCUCCAGCCUGGGGGGCCUCCCGCGGUGCCUCUCCCCGGCCCCCAGCGACCCCUUUCCCUCCGGCAGCUCGCUGCUCUCCAACGGCUCCCACAUCAGCGGCUCGGUCAGCUCCCUGGACUCGGACGCCAGCGGCAGCACGGUGGCCUCCACGGAGAGUCACCCGCGCCAGCCGCACGGCAGCCACGUCGACACGCCGCGGGCGCGCCGCCUGGAGGCGGAGGCCAGGAAGGCGGAGAAGAGGAGCCGGGCGCGGAGCCCGGAGAGGGAGGCGGCCGUGUUCAGCCCCGAGAGGAGUCGCUCCGGUGUGAUCGAGAAGCUGGAGGCCCUGGAGCUGGAGAACGCUGAGAGGAUGGAGGUGGAGGAGGCAGGGAGGGGCGGAGGAGGCAGGCAGGGCCGCAGCGAGCACCGACGCUUCCACAGAGAGGAGCAGAGGCAUGACCCUGGCCAGGGCCUGGACUUCCCCUCCACCCUGCCCCCCCUCAGGAGAGCCAAGUCCCUGGACCGCCGCACCACCGAGUCUGUGAUGACCCCUGAUCUACUGAACUUCAAGAAGGGCUGGAUGGUGAAGCUGGACGAGCAAGCCCAGUGGAAGAAGUAUUGGUUCGUGUUGACCGAUCACAGUCUACGCUACUACAAGGACUCCAUCGCUGAGGAGGCCUCAGACCUGGACGGGGAGAUCGACCUGUCCACCUGCUACAACGUCACGGAGUACCAGGCUCAGCGCAACUACGGCUUCCAGAUCCACACCCAGGAGGGCGUGCACACCCUGUCGGCCAUGACGGCAGGAAUCCGCAGGAACUGGAUCCUGGCGGUCAUGAAGAACGUGAGGCCCUCCUCCACAGCCCCGGAUGUGGCCAGCUCCACUGAGGACCACGGCUCCUUCGCCCCCUCGGAGGCCCUGUCGAGGCCCGACGUGACCCACGACUUCCCCUCCUCCUCCGAGGCCUCCUCCGCGGAGCGGGAGCCCGGCCAGGGCCCCAAGAAGAGCCGGGCGCGCGAGCGCCGGCGCGAGGGCCGCUCCAAGACCUUCGACUGGGCCGAGUUCCGACCCAUCGCCCAGGCCAUGGCCCAGCAGCGGGCCCAGGAGGCCGAGCCCCUGCAGGCCGACCCGGGAGACCCCGAGCGGAGCCGUCGGAGGGAGGAAAGGAGGAAGAGGUACGAGUCCGUGACCGGCUCCUCCGCGGAGCCGGCGGGGGGGGAGAGGGCCCCGGGGGAGGGCCCUGCGGGGCCGGCGUCUGUGGACAGGCACCAGAAGGUGGAGGAGGUGAUCGAGCAGCACUGGCAGCAGGUGGAGAACACGCCCAUACGGGAGGAGAGGAGGGUCCCCCUGCCGUCGGCUCUGCAGACCAGGGACACGGCCGAGCUGGAGAAACUGCUGGAGAGCUACAAGAAAGGGGUAGAAGAGCUGAAGGGACAGCUGGACAGCUGUCACCACCAGCUGCUGGACUCCAACCAGCACAAGCAGGAGCUGGAGCUGCAACUGAGGACGGCUCUGGACAGAGAGCAGCACGUCCGCACGGGAUACAUCUCCCCUCUGGAGCAUCCGACCGGUCUGGAUGCCGAUGUUGCGGCCCAGAUGAAGAGGCCUGAACUGGUUAGUUCUCAGGCUCAGAGCUUGACAAAGAAGUACCAGGAGACCAAAGAGCUCCUGCAGCUGCAAGAACUGAAAAAGCGCAAUAUGCAGGCACAGCUUGGCCUCUCGCUUUCUCACACCUCCGCCGAGGAACCUUCCCUUUCUGAACCCCCAAAAACACCCAGUCCGGAAAUCCCUCCCCCCGACCUUGUCCAGAAAACAGUUAGUUUUGUCAUCCACGAUAGCGCAGACAGGAUUCUUAAGAUAGAGGAAUUAACAGCAGGCCAGCCACUAACCCUAAGUGUGUUAGUUACGAUCCUGCGAUCACUUGAGGGUGUGAGUCAGGAAGUGGAUAGACAGGGUAGCUGUCAGAAGCUUCUGGACACAUGGAAGCAUCAGCAGGAGGCGGAGAACGAAACCAUAAAGAAGAGCUUAGCCAAGGCAGGCGAAAGCAUCCGAAACUACGAGUCUCGUCUUUUGACCAUGGAGGACAUGCUGGGGAGGGUUCAUAAGCAGAAGGUGGAGAGCCUCAAGAACCCGUAUGGCCCUCUCUGCAAGAUCGAAGACCACCCGGAAAUGCACGAGAUCACCAUCGGGACGCUGUCACAGAGGGUCGAGCUGCUGACCUGCCAGAACGCAGCGCUGACGCAGCGCUACCAGGAGAUGCUGAACCAGCUCACGGAGGCGGACAGGGAGAUAGACCGGCUGAAAGCGGAGCUGAGCGCCCUGCAGGAAGGGAAACGGCACCUGCUGCUCGUGGAGGAGCUGAACCGCGUCAAGGAGCAGCUGGCCGAAAGCGAGGCCAGCGCGAUCGACAGGGAGUACUACGAGAGAGAGCUCAACGAGAAGUCCCACAGGCUCCAUGAAGCCCUGGUCACGUUGGAGAUGUUGGGAGACAGUCUGAAGGACACGGAGAGGAGACUGCAGCUGAAGGAGGCCACGCUGAGAGGCCUGGGGUUCCACAUGGAGGACGGCCGGGCGGACCCGUCCCAGCUGGAGGGAGAGCGACUCAGAGAGCAGCUGGCCGCCACGGAGGCCAAGCUGGCCGAGACUGACGAGCUCCUCCAGUCCACUGAGGGGCGCUGUAGGGAACUCCAAGCCCAGAACGCAGAGCUUAAAACCAGGUGUGAGGAGGCUGUUUGGGUCGGUAGUCGGAAGCUUCUAGAGGCGCAGAAUGAAAGACGGACGACGCAAACCGGGUCAGGGGAAGAGGGGAUAGCAAGUAGGGCUAGAGAAGAAGCGACGGCACAUGUUGUUGAUGAAGAACGGAUGCAGACGGACGAGAAGCAGGUUGUAGACGACGGGGUUAUACAGGAAGUAGUAGGGGACCUCAAGAUGAAGUCGGUGGCCCUCAGCACGGUGUUAGAGAUGCUGGUGAAGGUAGACUGUAACGUGGAGAAGAUGCGUAGCGAUUGGAGAAGCACUUUACUUAGCACGGAUCGCCUUGAGACUGCAGGAGAGGAGCGAGUCGAAGUGAGUGAGAGGCUGGUGGAGAUGUUGGUAGCGGGAGUGGAGUUCUGGAGCCAGCUGCUAGGCGCUAUUAAGGUCAGCCCCGGAUGCUCACAAAGUGAACCUUCCUUUGAAAGGCGUGUUGCCGAGCGGAUGGUGGCAGAGAAGAGUGCUCUGAUUUUGGUGAGCCGGCGAGCACCUCAGAUGAAGGUUGACGGCGAAGAGACAAUGUCUGAGUUGGUGUCCGACACUGUUGUUUUGAAAGAUCUUGUGGAGACUUUACGAGAGAAAGUGCGUUUGUUCACCCAAAUUGCCUCCGCCGUCACCAUGUCGACCAACAGCAAGCUAAUGUCCUUGAUUCUAGCUAGCUUUUCAGGCAGUCCCCAGAAACGUUGGUCGGAGUAUCUGUCGGACGCCAUGACGGAGGCUCACAACUCCUAUCUCCUCAGUAGGCUCAAGUUCCAACAUGUCCUACAGCCGAACGCCAGCCAGGUUCAAACUGGCAGCUCCGACUGUCCAAACUGCCUUUGGCUUCAAAACCAGAACAGAGAUCUCCAAUGCAAACUGCAAGACCUUCAAAAUCGUCUGUCAGACAAGGAAAGCCAAAGAGGAGACGACCAAACAACAACACCAAAAACACACAUUCAAAUUGAGGGAGAGCCCAUAGACUCCCUGGACAAGGCCAUUCAGCUCCAAGAUAUGAUCGCCAAGCACAAGAAGGAGCUGCGUGAGGUGAAGGACGUCUACGAACGGGAGGCUGAGAAGCUCCGGCAAGAAGUGGCCAUGGCGGGCGAGACUCUGCGCUUGCUGUCCGAGGAGAACGUGAAAGAGAUCGACUCCCUCACCGUCUGCAUGGAGAACCUGAAGCGGAAGCACGAGGCCGAGAGGGGGAACAUCUUGGAGAGGUUCCAGGGGGAGAUGGAGGAGCUGCGAAGCGUGCUCGGCCCGGGAGGAGAUGCCCCUGACGGCCCGGAGGGUCGUGGAGCACCGCCCACCGAGUCCUCCCCCUCCACCCUCAAAGAGCGUCUCCAGGAGCUGGUGGCCCAGGUCUUGGCCCUGACGGAAGAGAUGAGGCGGCGCGAGCAACAGGGAGACACGACGACGCUCCGGCUGAAAUACGAGAAAGAUCUGGAAAGCCUGAAGGCCACCUGUGAGCGGGGCUUCACCGCCAUGGAGGAGUCCCACCAGAGGGUGGUGGACGAGCUCCUGCGGAAGCACCAGCGCGAGCUGGAAAACCUGCAGGAGGAGAAGGAUCGGCUGCUGGCCGAGGAGACGGCCGCCACCAUCUCUGCGAUCGAGGCGAUGAAGAACGCCCACCGGUCGGAGCUGGAGAAGGAGCUGGAGAAGGCGCGCAAGACCGGCAACAACACGGAGAACGCGGACAUCGAGGAGAUCCGCAGGCAGCACGAGGAGGAGCUGUGCUCGUUCCAGCGGGAGAUCGAGGUGCUGUCAGAGCAGUACUCCCAGAAGUGCCUGGAGAACGCCCACCUGGCCCAGGCGCUGGAGGCCGAGAGGCAGGCCCUCCGCCAGUGUCAGAGGGAGAACCAGGAGCUCAACGCACACAACCAGGAGCUGAACAACCGCCUGGCAGCAGAGAUCACCAAGAUGCGCUCCAUGACCAGUGAGGAGGGAGACUGCUGCACCCUGGUCCAGGGCAAGGAGCUGUAUGAGCUGGAGGUGAUGCUGAGGGUGAAGGAGUCUGAGGUGCAGUACCUGAAGCAGGAGAUCAACUCGCUGAAGGAUGAACUUCAGGCAGCCCAAAGAGAUAAGAAGUAUGCGACGGACAAGUACAAGGACAUCUACACAGAGCUGAGCAUCGUGAAGGCCAAAGCGGAGCGGGACCUGGGCCGGCUGAGAGACCAGCUGCAGCUGGCCCACGAGGCCCUGGGGGAGCCCUCGCUGGAGGAGGUGGAGCGAGGAGGCUACGAUAUCAUGAAGUCCAAAAGCAACCCAGACAUUCUCAAGAUGGCCGCUGCCGCCGCCAAACGCUCAGAGCGCACCAUGAGGUCAAAGAGUCUGAAGGAAGGGCUGACAGCUGAGCAGAGACUCCACCUGUUCGACAACAAAGACACUAAGGACUUCUGACAGGGACGUGUAGUCCACCAACGCUGCAUGUUUAGAGGCUCACUAUAUUUUAGCUCUGUAAUGUACUUACUUAGAAACACACUGGUCACAAACACACACGCAAUGUGUGUAUAUAUAUGUAUAUAUAUAUAUAUAUAUAUAUACAUACACAAUAUAUAUAAAAAACACAUGGUAUAAAGUUUCAAUUUCAUGUCGAUAGAAGAAGAGUCUGCAUUCUAUGCACUUCGGUUACUGUGACAUUUGUUUUGCGUUUUGAUUGCCAUGUCUUACUGUAAAUACUCUGUAUUGUUUUUAAUGAAGCGUCUUAUCAAGCAUACACUAAAUCGUGACUGAGUAAGCUACUGUUUUAACUCCUCAGACCGUUGUUAGCCAAAGGAGUAAGUGACGGCUAAACACAUUGAUGAUUGAAUAACCCUCACAUAACCAAUGGUAGGAACGAUGUUGCCUUCAGGCCUGUGUAUUCUGCUUGGUGUGGUCAGUGUGCACAUGUUGAAGCUUUCCUCCAAACCCCUUAUCAUUUCAGCACAGAUGGAAGUCUUGCUAAAUAAACAAGCUAUGGGAAGAAAAGAUUUGCCUGCAUCACUGUACAAGUAAACUAGCUGUUGCACAGGAUAUUGCUCAUUCAAUGCCUGAGGUGUUGGCUUGCAUAUGGUGAAUACUCAUCAUAGAUUAUGUUUUUCUGAAAUCGUGGACCGUUUUGAAAUUAUCCCGUGACAGGUGACUGCUGAAUGCGUAUGGAUGGGAUUUGCUUGUUAUGAAAAUGAAUAUAAAUAUAUAUAUUUACAUUGAUAUAGUUUUUCUCCCAUCUCUCUGUAAUGAUAUUGGUCCAGUUUAUGGGAGGGAGUUCUUGGGUUAUGUUUGUAGUCAUGUUCAGUGGCAGUCCCUGUGUAUUUAUUUAAAUGUUUUGGGGUUUUGUUGCUCAUUCCCAUUCUCACUGUACUCUCUUAUUGUAAAUAUACAGCAAAUGUACACCAACUGACAACAGAUUUAUUAGCAAUAAAUAUUUUUGCACCAUG